AUGCGCCAUUCGUAAGCCAUUUUCCUCGUGGGAUUCGGUGGUUUAUGAUGGAUGAUCUCUGAAUGUUAUUGUUGUCGUCUCGAAGAAGUUUGCAGUUGAGGGCCGUUGCUGUUAUUCUUGUAUCCUGGCUUUUGACUAGAUUAUUUGUGCUCAUAAUGGGGGGGACUGUCCAGUGCUUUCAUCUGUUGAGCAUAGGACAGUGUUCCCUCAGCCAUGAAGGCCGAAAUAGAAGCCGGCGUCAGCAUGCUUUUUGUUCUGCCCUCGGGAAGGCGAAGCUCUUUCUGAUUGAUAUUUCCUUUUGAGGAAUGGGAAGAUGACUCAGGUAGGAUGGUGAGAUGGUGUGUUCCGCUUGUAUGUCUGAAGAGCGUUCAGGAGUUGUGUUUUUUUUUUUUUUUAAGGGUCGGGUCUGGCAACGAUGCCGAAAUUGGAAGGGUUGACAUCAUGGGGUAUUCAGAAUGGUGGUCUUUAUGUUUUUUUUCCGCAAUUCAUCGGGCUCGAAGAAAGAAAGCCCGAAACAGAAUGACCAGCCUUGCAAUCUGUAUUCCGUUUAGAAUGAAGGGCUGAUUAUUCUCACCAUGAGACCCAUGAACAGUGUGAGGAGCUUUAUUCUCAUGAUAGAAGAUGGUUAUAAACGCAGGACUCGGUUGGGACCGAAAUCACAACAUCGGUUUGCGGUGUAGGUGAGGAGUAACCUGCUGCAGGCUCCCUGGGGGACCAGUCUCGUGUCUGCUGCCUGCAUCCCUACGCCCCCUUACUCUCACUAAAAUAUGGCUCGGUCCAGGUCCAACAAGUGGAAGACAGCCAGAUAAGUAUCACGUGAACAAAGUUGUUGCAGAUGGCAGAACAACAUCUGUAGUUUUCUUGAAAACCGGGCUCAUUUUCAGUGAAGGAAACCGAAAAGGAAGCAAGACGUAGUGGGCCGUCUUUGUCCGUCUGUCGUAUCUUGAGAAAGAAAAAGAAUGCAAGGCCUAGUGGGUGAAGGGGAGGACGCCUCAGAGUAAAUGGGUACCCUUCAGUUUUAAGUCCAAGAUUGGUUAGGUGACAAGGUCCACCUAACGAAAGACGAGGACCACCUAACGAAAUGCAACUGAUGCGUCAAAAUCUGAAGAAAGAAAGAAAGCAAGCAAGAAAGAAAGGACCUAGUGGGGGAAGGAAGGAGUGGGUGCUGAGUUAAAGACUAGUCCGGUGACGAGGACCACCGAACGAAAGGCAUUCUUCGAAUUUAUAUUUUGAUGUGCCAAAGCAUUGUGAUGUCAAUGCCCAUUGAAGCCCUGAUGAUUCUGCUGUGCUAAUCGUUGGGCGAAGUCCAAUUCCACCUGAUUUGGAAAUCAGGUGAGUUGUAAGAAAAGAGGUGAUAGUGUAAUGGGUGCGACGGGGUGGGUGGUAUUGGGAGUACUAUGUCCUGUGCUUUGGGACUCGUUUUUCUAUUAUUAUGGAGUGUGGCGGCAAUCAGGUGGAUCGGGGUACAGAAUGAGUUAAAAAAUGAACGUGACCUUAGCUUUUCAAAAUAAUUUUUUGAUUGGCAUAUAAAGUGUCAGCACUUUUUGUAAUCCAGAACAACGGUGGAAUAUGUACUUACGUGAUAGUCCAUGAGCUCUUGGGUACUCAAACAAGGUGGAAUAUGUGCUUACGUGAUAGUCCAUGACCUCUUUGAGUACUCAAACAAGCAACCGGCUGGAAAGGAACUGAAAAUGGAACAUGGUAUGUAUGAUACGUGGGUGAGACUGUAAAAGGCUUUAACUGAAGAUCUGAUGUGGCAUAUUACGGGAAGUGUGUAUAUCGAAGUGGAAUACACUCCAAUUGGUGGCAAAGCAAAUAUCCGGAUUAAUGGAGCAGUAGCAUUAGUACUGAAGCAGCAGUACCAAUCAAUUAUGAGAAAUGGUGGUGAUGAGGUCUGGAACUGUGCAUAGGUAAAGCGGCAAAUACUUUUAUCGGAGUCUUGUUCGAUUUAAUGAGUGCUCCUUGUUUGCAAGGGUGAGGGCGUUCAUUUAUGAUUGAGGUUGACAAAACCGCCACCACCAAAGAAUGAACCCUUUUGAAGAAUAUUUGAUUGAGGUUUUCUUCCCUUGCGGCAAUUUCAGUGUAAGGCUAUGGACGCGUGUAGUAGGUUCGAUAUUGAACCAGCAAUCAAUCAGGUCUGCCUCUUCUAUAUAUCGUCUUUUGUCACUUGCAAAGUGACAGUCGUACGGAUAGGAUUAUGUGUUGUACCAUUGCUGGUCUCGUGCGAGAAGACUUAUUCGAUGCCUGUCCCAUGCCGCAAGGUGGCCCCUCAGCAGGAUCGUAAGUGCAGUGAAACGAACCAAUGCUGCUGCUUUGUGUUGGCUUAAAACGUCUGUGAUUGGCAUCGGUACCUCUGCCAGAAAUGAAAUGUCUCAGUGUAGAAGAGAAUGACCAAAAAUGAAAGGUCUCAGUCUAGAAGAAAAUGAAAGGUCUCAGUCUAGAAGAAAAGGAAAGGUCUAAGUCUAGAAAAAGUGAAUUUCUUUUUCUUUCUCAUUGAGCUUAUUAGACUUCGCUGUUUUGGACGCAGUCCUUCACUGUCAUCCGUACGCCUUGGUUAUUCAAAUUAAGAAUUCAAAACUGGAACUGGAAAAGGUUCGGGAGAGGAGAGAGGACCCACUCACUAAGGUAAUAUAGGAGGGAAGGCUCCCGUCAAUGAAUGGGGAUUUCUUGGCCUUCGGACUACUGGAGCAAUUGCAGUACUCUCCUUGAGGGCGACUUAUAAGGCGCAAAUGAACAGUGAAAUGGCUGUUUUUCAGAUGUACUAGGGCAGAAGCUAUUGGAUUGGGAGGGGAAGGUCGUUUUGAAGGCGUGUCAUUUUCUUUGCGAUUACUAUUCGUUGAUGUCAAAGAAAAAGCGAUCGGUAUGAAAAUCCUAAAUUUCGUAUACACCUCAUAGACCUUGUGCAGGUCGGCGAAAGGUGACAGCUUGAAAAGUUACGACUGCAAGAGUAGGGAGUUGAGUGCGAGGGAGAGCGAAGAGAACGUCCAACCUUUCCAUUUUUUCAAAACAUGACCUGUUUUGGUAGCUUUGAAUGCUGGGAAAGGUGGUGGGCGGUGCUGUGUCUCUGGUGUGCAGGUUUAUUCACCACCAUGUGGCGUUGAACAAGAUCCUGGGACUGUCUUCUCUGCAUCUACCACGCCUGUCUCUGCGCACUUGUGCAUUCUUGGGAUGGUAACCGAACCAUAGGACAGAACACUGCGGAGGCUGCAUUGCUUGGUGAUUCGGAUGACGUCCGGCUUUUUGUCCAGAACGGUCGUUUAGCCUACUCUCCCUCUUUGGUACCAGUGAGUGGAUGGAUCUCGUUCCCUUUUCUUGUUCCCUUUUCUCCCGCACAUGGUUCGGGAGUGUGCACUCUGAGCACGAAGCGUGCAAAAGGUUGGUCGGCCACUUGCAGGUUUUUUAUUUCACUGUGAGGGAUAUUUAGCUUGCCUGGGGGGAAUGGUUGCUGGGGAGGUGUGGACUUGUUUCCCUGCCGUGUGCUCAUAGCAGGGUUUCCUCUCUUCAGGGUGCUGCUUGUGGCCCCAAUGGAGACGCUGCAGAUGGCUACGAGGACUGAUUGUUCAGCUAUCAGCAUGUUCUCCAUUGCCGCAUUGCCCUUUGCCGACAAUUAUGUGGUUGAGGGUAAGAAGGGGGGCCUUGUCUGUAGAUUCAUUUGGGGGCGAGCAUUUUCGAGUAUAGAUUGGCGGAAUGCCUUGAAACUUCCUGCUGUAACACAGAGGAGAGAGUGGACUGGUGUCGGACGUCCUCUGGGAGCAUUUUGGAGUAUAGAUUUGCGGAUUGCCUCCGAACUUUCUGCAGUAGUUCUCCUUGUUCGAAGGGCAUGGCUGUUCACAUCACGGAUAGUGAUCUCCCACAGGUAAAUGGAAAAUAGGGAGUGUCAAGUCCGGAGUGGUAUCUUCUUCAGGAACUGUUUGGGUAUGGUAUCCCACCACCGCUAAGGGAACAUAGCCAGGGAAUAUGGCUAACAGGGAAGGGAACAUAAAGAGGAGUAAUUCGGGACAGAGCUUUCUGUAAGUGUACUAUAGUAGAGAGUGCAGGGGUGUAAAAGGACGUGUGGGUAGUGGUCUAGUUUUUUUUCUGAGAAGAAUGUUUGCAAAUGAUGUGAUUGUAGUCUGGAUAUUAAUGCAUGGUCCAGAAGGCAUGAAGAUUAAGCACGUAAUGGAACUCGAGGUUUUCACUGCAUGCGGAAGGCCGACCGCGUAAUAAAUUCUAAUGGGCUUG